UUUCAUUGAUUUUCCCAACAUUUAUUUAUGGAUAUUGGCUUAAAAAUACACAAAGUGAUAAAUCAAACAUUAAAUAACAUGCAGACGCGUCGUAUGUACAUUUGAUAAACAUAGAAUAAACCUGAGAGUUUCAUGCUGCGGCAAAGUUUUGUGGGCAAUCAUUAAGCUAAACACGUAACGUUCACUCAGGUAUCUAAGAAAAGCAACAACAACAAGAAAAACAACAUCGUCAACAAGUACAAUUACAAAACAUACAACAGACAGCAAUAAUCAACAACAACAACAACAACACCAAUAAAAACAACAACAGCAACAACAAUGACGCCAGAGAAAUCGGUAUUAGCUUAUAUCAAUCAUUUGAUAGUCAGCAAUUUUUCAUAUUUCUGGGACGAAAUCGAUGGGUAUCUUUAUUAUUUUGGCGGAACGUUGGGCACCGUGACCUUGACCAGUGUGGCGGCCAGUAUUGCCUACUACUUUGCAACGCGACCAAUACCGGAAAAACCAUUAGUGCCUCUGGAAAAUCAAUCCCCAUUGCUGGAGGGUCCAGAACAAAUACACGUCUCCAAGUUCUACAAGGAGUCGAAGAAUGGCAAAUUCGUGUCCUACAUCACAGAGAAUGUGAGGACGCUGUACCAAACGUUCCGUGAAGGUGCCUACGCCUCCAACAAUGGACCCUGCCUCGGCUGGCGCGAGACUCUGACGUCGCCCUACCAGUGGAUCAACUACGAUGAGGCGCUGCUGCGUGCCAAGAACUUUGGCGCCGGCAUGUUGGCCUUGGGUGCCCGGCCCAAACAACUGAUUGGCAUCUACUCCCAGAAUCGUCCCGAAUGGAUAUUGUACGAGCAGGCUUGCUACUCCUUCUCGCUGGUCGUUGUGCCGCUCUACGACACACUUGGCCCCGAUGCCUGUGCCUUUAUCAUACGCCAGACAGAGAUGUCCAUCAUCAUUGUCGAAGAUGAUGGCAAGGCAGCCAUGCUGCUGGAGAAGGCGCCGCGUAGUCUCAAGAUUAUUGUCUCCAUCAAGCCCAUACGCCAGACGACGCUGGAGCGUGCGCGCAGUCGUGGCGUCCAGAUCUUCUCUUUCAUCGACGUGGAGAAACUGGGUGCCAAGGGCAAUCAUCCCGAAGUGCCGCCCACAUCGGAGGAUCUGUGCACAGUGUGCUAUACAUCGGGCACCACGGGCAAUCCCAAGGGCGUGAUGCUCACACAUGGAAAUGUGGUGGCCGGCGUCUGUGCCGUCAUCCUGCAAAUGGGCGAUCAUCGCAUCAGGGCUGGAGAUGUGAUGGUCUCGUUUCUGCCGCUGGCGCACAUGUUUGAGCGUUGCUGCGAGAAUGGCAUGUACUAUGUGGGCGGCUGUGUAGGCUUCUAUUCCGGCGACAUUAAAGAGCUGACCAACGAUCUGAAGAUGCUCAAACCGACCGUGAUGCCGGCUGUGCCGCGUCUGCUGAAUCGUGUCUACGACAAGAUACAAAACGAUAUCUCUGCUUCGGGAUUGAAGCGUGCGCUGUUCAACAUGGCACUCAAGGCCAAGGAGAAGGAGAUUGCCCGUGGUGUUCUGCGUCGCAAUGGCUGCUGGGAUAAACUGGUCUUUAAGAAGGUGCAUCAAGCCUUUGGUGGCAAUUUGCGACUCAUGGUCGUCGGCUCGGCGCCACUCGCUGGCAAUGUGCUGACUUUUAUGCGAUGUGCUCUCGGUUGUCUGGUGCUGGAGGGUUAUGGUCAGACUGAAUGCACUGGCGCCAUUACGCUAACAGUUCAGGGUGAUCAUGUGCCCAAUCAUGUGGGCCCACCUGUCUCCUGCAAUGCCGUCAAGCUGGUCGAUGUGCCCGAAAUGGAAUACUUUGCCAACCAGAAUACCGGCGAGGUCUGCGUGCGUGGCUCCAACGUCUUUCAUGGAUAUUAUAAAGAUCAGGAGAAAACAGCUGAAGCCAUCGAUGCUGAGGGCUGGCAUCAUACGGGCGAUGUGGGCAUGUGGCUGCCCAAUGGAACACUGCGAAUCAUUGAUCGUCGCAAGCAUAUCUUCAAGCUCAGUCAGGGCGAGUACAUAGUGCCCGAGAAAAUUGAGAAUAUUUACACACUAAGUCAAUAUGUCAAUCAAGUUUAUGUCUACGGCGAGAGUUUAAAGAGCUGCAUUAUCGCUGUUGUUGUACCUGAUAUGGAUGUGCUAAAGCAAUGGGCCAUAGAGAAUAAUGUUCGGGGCACACUCUCCGUCCUGUGCAAUAAUAAGAACGUGAAGGAGCUGAUCAUGAACGACAUGCUCAAUUGGGGCAAACAGAGUGGACUGAAGUCAUUCGAACAGGUCAAGGAUGUGUAUUUGCAUCCCGAUCCCUUCUCGGUACAAAAUGGUUUACUCACGCCCACUUUUAAGGUGAAGAGGCCGCAAUUGAAGAGUUAUUUCAAGCCACAACUGGAGGAUAUGUAUAAACAUUUGGAUUAAAAAAUUAUUGCGUAGAUAACCAAGAACAACGAACAACAAUUUAAAUCAGAACAACUUUAUAGUAUCUUAACUGAUCAUUACAAAGACUACCAUACAAAACAAUACAAUACAAUGCAUAACAACCGUAAAAUAUUUUGAAUACCGCGAAGAGAAGAGAAAAGAUGUGAGGAGAGGAGAAAAUUAUAACAAUAUUUGUGAUAAUAUUGUUUGGAGACCUUAAGAAGAAGAGCAGUCUAAUUUUUUAUAGUUCCGUCAAUUCUUAGCAUGUAAGCAAAGCGCAAGCAAAUAAUACAAUAUACAAUACAAAUACAUAUACAAAACAUAUAUACGUAUGUACCAUAGAAGGAGGUACUAGAGGAUGGAAGGUACAUCAGGAUUCUUAACUGACAAACAAAUUUUGGCAGACGCAUUUUUUUCUAUAUUCUAUAAUUUAAUCAAAGACUAGCGGCACUUUACAUCAAAAGUAACACAUUAACAAAAUAUGUUAACUAUUUCGUAAUCCUAUGGUUUAGUUGAAGUGACAUCAAAAUGUUUCAAUUUUAGAAAAAAAAAAUUAAAAACAAACAAAAGCAAAAUAAGAAUU